AUGGCCUCUCUGUCGGCAACAACCAUGAGAGAGAUAGCGCGAUUAGAGAGAGAUGCAGCUGUUUUGCACCUGAGCCGUCAUUUUCAGUGGAAGGACUUUGAAGGCGAUGAUAAAAAACAUUUGCAUCAAGAAUUUGUUUAUGAUAAUGUCAUGUAUGCAGUAAAACGUGGGGUACCUUGGGCAGCGGUGGUGCAAGUCGCAAAAAUGACGAAAGAGCUCCUCCCUGAGGUUAAAGGUUUGGAGAUGUCCAGAGCAGUUGCUUUGAUAAGGGAGAGAUUAUCAGAGGGUAAGCUUCAACUCUCCCCUGGCCAUCAAACAGCGCUCUUUAACUUUAUUGUGGAUACGUAUGUCCGUCAUCAUAAACUGUACCAUGCCUUCUUACAUGGGGAGGUGAACCUGAAACACAAGGAGAUGCAGCUGGAGAUUCACGUUCCGUCUGUCCCACUGCCUCUGGUCCAGGGAACAGACGUACAAGAACAAGAGCGGCAGCAGGCUUUAGAAGAGCUUAUGUUGGCUCUGUCUGAGAAACAGGAGGAAAUCUGCCAGUUCAAGCAAAAGGCAGAGGCACAGCUGAUGGCAAAGAUGCAAGUCGGUCUGGAUGAUCUUCAGGUGGACAGGCUGAGCAAACAGGCAGUGGGAAAGGUGGUGCGUGAGGUUCUGCAGGCACAAGGCAGACUUAUAAUGGACACAUUAAUCAAGGAGGUCAAUCUUACCCAUGAGCUGCUGGAACUAAGACUGAAGCAAAAAUUACUUCUUUAG